CUCAAAUCCACGUAAGUAUUGGUCCGUUUGUUGAUUUGUUUGCGAAUCUGCUUCCAUCCAUAUUUUACCGACGGUACACGUAAGUACGUACAUGUGCAUACAUGCAGUUACGCAAGAUCACACGGCUCCAACGGGUCCUUCAAUCCAAAGAGAAGCUGCGGAUACCCGGCUUGGCAAGAUCGUCGACAAAUCCGAUUUCGUGUAGCUUUCCACUUGAGAUUUAAAGUUGACGGUAGCUGGGAGCACUCGCCCAAACCUGCGCAUGCUCACAAGGAUAUCCCGUCCGCCCCUACAGCACUUAGAAAGCAACUGCCUUCAGGUAACCGCUGCUUGAUUCGUACACUGAAUUUGUACCUUGGAUACACCAUAAGUCGCGUAUGUUGAGAGAGGUACAUACGUACAUGCUAGAGCGGGUAGGCACCCCUUCCUUACAUGAAGCAGGUACUUAAUAUCUCCCACAAAAUUAUACCAUCACAUCAGAACACGUUCAUACCUUAUUAUUGUAGUUAGAUAAACCAAACGCGACUGCCACCUAGGUAACUCUUAGGUCACUCACUCCCGCAUCCACUCCUUUUGAUAUAAACCCCGCCUCUCUUUUCUCUUUCUUAAGAGAUAAUUUCUCCCUUUUCAACUUCUUCCCUAUCUCUUCUAAUUUCAUCAAAGUUCCGCCAUUCGUCCACCAAAACGGUCAGUCAGUCAUUAUGGCAUACUUUUCCAGUGCCCUAGCGGCACUGGCCUUUUAUUUCUCUCUCUUUGCCGUCGUCACUUCGUCGCCGGCCUUGCACCCGCGAGGUAGCAAGACUAACACUUUCUCUGUUGGCGUGUCCCACGACGCCGACGCCCCUCGACACGGUCCCAGCGACUACCUCAAGAUUCUGAAGAAGCACAAGCUCAAUAUCCCCGACGGUUUGCAGGAUGUUGUCGAUACCCACAAGACUGCCACCAAAGAGAAGGCCGCCGUUGCUGAUGGUGGAAGUUCAUCAGCUCCGGCCACUUCGCACGACGGUGAUCUUGUCUUCAUGACCCCCGUUAGCAUUGGCACCCCUCCGCAACAAUUAUCCUUGGACCUUGAUACUGCAUCGUCUGACACCUGGGUUUUCUCGACCGACACAGAUAAGAAAAUGGUGGAUGGUCAGACUCUUUGGGAUCCCAGCAAAUCAUCCACAUCCCAAUCAAUCAAGAACUGCUCCUGGUCUAUGCUUUACGGUGACUAUUCCACCUCGCGCGGCAUCUGCUAUAAGGACACACUCGCCUUUGGCGACCUUUCAAUUCCCGAUAUGACGAUUGAAUCAGCCACGUCGGUAUCGGAGAUGUUCACAGAAUCCUCGUACGACUCAGGUAUUGUGGGGUUGGCUUGGCCAUCUAUCGCUGAGACGACACCGAGACAGAAAACCCUCCUCGACCUCCUACCUCAGGUAUUGAGCCAGCCUCUGUUCACUGUCGACUUACGUCACAACAGCAGUGACGGCUCUUUCAACUUUGGAUAUAUCAACGACCAAUUACACGAUUCGGAUAUCCAAUACGUCAAUAUCAAUAACUCGGAGGGAUUCUGGGGUGUCACACAGUCAGGCUUUGGCAUCGAAGGGAUUAGUACCAAGUAUGAAUUCAAUGAAGCACGAGAGGUCAUUGUCGACACUGGUUCUACGCUGCUGCUUGCACCAGAUGAAGCGGUUAAGACGUACUUCGACAACGUUCCCGGUGCCAACUAUUCGUAUGCGGAUUUGGGCUUUCAUUUACCUUGCAAUUCGACCCCACCGGAUUUCAUCUUCGAGAUUAGUGACGACGCGGGAGGCAAAAUUAUGGGCUCAAUACCUGGGAAGUAUUUCAUCUAUGCACUCGCUAGUGAAGGGAUGUGCUAUGCUGGUAUACAGUCCUCUGGCUACAUCUCUGGGACCCCUAGUAUUUUCGGCGAUGUGUUUCUCAAGAGCGGAUUCGCCGUCUUCGACAUAGGAAACGAACGCUUUGGCUUUGCUUCUAAGCCCAACUUGGACACCAAUCUGAAGAAGAGAAACCCGGAAACCCAACCGUGGGGUCUGCCGGUGGUGAAGGUUUAACGAGUAAGGGGUCCCUUUAUUGCGAUACUGCAUUCUGCCGCGUGGUAUGAGAGGUGUUUCAGUUCGGUCGGUAUCUUUGCUGCCAUAAUCCAAACCUCGAGAUUAAAAUGUCUACUCGCGUACUUAUUCAUGUAUGUAUCUGCGCCUUCUUUUUGGUCAGCAUAGGUGGAUGAGAUGGAUUGUGGUAAUAAUCACGGACUUGAUCCCACAAAAUACUGCCUGUAACUUCGGUUUCGUUUAUAAGGUAGUCAAAAUUAUUGCUUUUUAUGUUUGAUUUUAAGAACAUCGUUUCGGUAUUGUGAUUUGUUCUUCUGCUCCGUCUUUAAUUUGGGUGGUGUUUGCGAUGUUUGCUUAUCGUAGUAAUUUAAGUAUAAUCGUCCUUGGACAAAAAAAAA